AUGUCACUAAGACCAUUGGAUAGAAGCGCAUUCUUGAGCGUGUUUCAGUCCGAAAAUGUUUUGCCCGAUCUUCAGCAAGACUGGGAGCUGGUAAAAGAGUGGAUAAAUCAGUCGUUGGAGUGUCAAGGGAGCACUAAAGAUCCACCUUUGCGUAUUCGUACAAGUCUUCGAAGCUUAAAUAAUCAACACUCAAGUGGGCCCCAUCUCCGGGAAUUAUUCUUGAGAGUGUUUAGAAGAUAUCCAAUUGUGGUUGAUGGUUCUCUUUACAACCGUUUGAGGGCUGUCAAGGCUGUCAACAGGAAAGUGGUUGAAAUUGUAAGGUGCAUGAAUCUUGAUGAGAACGACAGAUCUGCUGUUGAGCGAGCCACAAACGCAGUACUACAAAGGACUAUCCGGGAAUGUCCUACUUUGGAGAAAGAUCUUGAGUCUAUGAUCUUAAUUGUGUUAAACGGUCAGGACUCUUACGAAGAAGAAAGAGCGUUCAAGGCUAUGAAACUGAUACACAUGGGUGACUAUCUUGGAGAACUUACAGUCCAAUUGAUAAGAGCUAAACUUGCCAGCUAUAUUAAUAUUACUUAUGGAGGCAAAUGGGAUCACUACGUUCUUCCCGAAUUGAGAAGCUGGCUAUAUGAAUGGCUUCUGCCCAGAAUUUAUCGGAUUAUCGACCCAAACAGCUUCAGGGCCGACAGUUGGAUCCAAGUCAUAUAUGAUGAACUAAUCACCAUCAGAAUAAAUGAGUCGUUUGAUAUUGUUGAAAAUUUUGACAUAGCAGAACCUUGCCUAGAAGAGAUGAAGAAUUGUCUUAUUCACACCCAUGUUCGUGAACACUUAGUUUCCUACUUCACAAAACUGUGCCAAGAGAGACUACUACAUGCUGGUAUCAACACUAGCACUAUAAUAUCGUUCUACCUGUUGGUCAUUAAAGCCUUCCUGAAGCUUGACCCUAGAGGCGUUCUUUUAGACAAGGUCUGCAGGCCCAUAAAGCACUAUUUGAGAGACCGGGAUGAUACAGUCAAGAGAAUCGUGAAAGCACUACUUGACGAGAAUUCAAAUGAGCUCGGUCAGCUUUCCAAAGAGCUCUCCAAACCCCCAUUAGCUGAAACUCACUUUAUCCAUGAUUUGAGAGACCUACAUUGGGUGCCAGACCCUAGUGAAGCACUUCCAGAUUUCAAGAAGAACAAGAUUAGUGAUAUCAUUGAAUCCUUAAUUUCCAUCUUUGAUUCGAAAAAUGUUUUUGUAAAUGAAUUCGUAUCAAUUAUUUCAUCACAGCUUUUAGAUCUUACAAGUUACGACUUUGCUGAUAUCUCUCAUAAGAUUGAUUUGCUUAAAGUAAGGUUUGGCGAGAACGAGUUUAAUUCACUAAAUGUGAUGAUCAAAGAUGUGAAUGAUAGUAAAAUCAUUGAUAGAAAAAUACAUAAGAAUUGUGCCACAAUACCGGAAAACCUUCAUUCGUCAAUCAUAUCCCAUUUAUUCUGGCCACAGCUUGAAAAGGAUAGGUUCCUUUUGCCACUUGAGGUAUCCAACAGCAUAGAAAAUUAUGUGAAGGAGUUCUCAACGGUCAAGCCUGAGAGAUCUAUCGAGCCAAUUCACUCCCAGGGUAGAGUCACGUUAUCCAUAGACGUGAAUGAUCAGACCAGAAGCUUUACGGUAACGCCCGACAAAGCUGCGGUGAUUCUGAAGUUUUCCGCAGAUGAUUCUAGCCGAAUAAGCUGGGAGAUAGAGAAAUUAUCAGAAGAAUUGCAGAUGGAUAUUGCUCUUUUGCAAAAGAAUUUGCAAUUCUGGCGUCAAAAGAAUAUUCUUCAGCAAAGCGGAUCAGUCUGGUCAUCCGUCACAUCCUUCGAAGAGCAGGAAUCGGGUGUAUCUGAGGACACGAAUGCGCAUGAUCAUAAUGAUCAGGAAGAAUUGGCAGAAACAAUGCAAAAGUAUUGGCCAUUUAUCGUCGGAAUGUUGACUAAUCUGGGACCUACUGCUCUCAGCCAGAUGCAUUCUUUCCUGAAAAUGUUAGUUCCCCAGGAGACUCCUUACAAUGCUACGGAAAAGCAGCUGGAGCUAUAUCUGCAUUCCUGCAUCGAAGAGGAGAAACUAGAAGUGAACGGUGAUAAGUAUAAAUUAAAGAAGUAA